AUGGAUCCCUUUUCUCUUAAUUCUCUCGGGUUUGUGAACCUAUUAUCUUCUCAGUGCAGUCAAACCACUCAAACCAUAGAUGUAGGGUCCUCUGAUGUUCCUAAACCGGUGGAGAGGAGAAAGUGGACAACACAAGAAGACAUAGUCCUCAUCAGUGCCUGGUUGAACACCAGUAAGGAUCCCAUAGUUAGUAACCAGCAGAAGUUAGGGUCUUUUUGGAAAAGAAUAGAGGAUUACUUUAAUUCAAGCGCUCAGCUCACUGGCUUUGCUCCCAGAGAGUGGAGUCAGUGUAAGCAGAGGUGGGGAAGGGUUAAUGAGCAGGUGUGUAAGUUUGUUGGAAGCUAUGAGGCGGCUUUGAAGGAGCAAGCUAGUGGCCAAAAUGAGAACGAUGUCAUGAAGUCUGCUCAUGACAUCUUCUUUAACGACUACCAGGCGAAGUUCACACUUGAACACGCGUGGAGGGAGCUGAGGUUUGAUCAAAAGUGGAGAUCGACCUCUUGCGCAAAAGAUGGUGCAAAGGAGAAACAGAAGGAAGCUGCGGAGUCAGUCCCUGACUCGGAUGAGGCUAGGCCUCCUGGUGUGAAGGCUUGCAAAGCAGCCAAACGCAAGAAAAAGGGGAAUGAAGCAGCAUUUGAUCGACUAGAGAGCAUUCUAGACUUGAAACGGAACCUAUCGAAACAAAAAAUACUAGAUCGUCUACUCUCUAAGAAACUAGAAACUCUAACUGAGAGUGAGGUGAAGGUUGUUGGUUCUGGAGGUCACGGGUUCUACAAGGUUUAUUGCUUCUGCAGGUCACGGGUUCUAGAGGUCACGGGUUCUACUGGCGCAGCACGUUUUUUUCUGAGGUUGAUGGGUUAUCGUAGUAGUAGUAGUUGUACUGUAGUGUAG